GAUAUGCUUUCUCUCUCCUCACUCUUUCUCUCUCUCUCUACACAUUCCCCCCUUCCCUUCCCUUCCCCUGCAAAAACCUUGUAACAUAAGGACGAUAUGCUUUCUCUCUCCUCUUGGUAUGCAAUGCAUUCACUGUUUCUCUCUCUUAAAAAAACCAUAAUUCGAAAUCUUCCAAUUUUUGAAUCUCAUAACACAUCGCCAUUUCCGCUGAUAUUCCCCUCCCUGCCUGUUCGAUACCUUAUCGUCCAGCUUUCUCUCUCUAAAACAUUAGAUACAGUUAGGCCACAGCUCUCAAAACAGAGAAAAACGACUCCACUUGCCUUUCAUCUGAUUUCAGCUUUCCAUUUUCGACUGUCGAAGAGAAAGAAACACAGAGGGAGACAGCUAAGGGAAUUCAAUCAGAGAGAGGAAGAAGAGGGGUAAAACCAAGAGAGAGAGAGAGAGAGGGGAGAGGCGAUCCCAUGGUGCGAACCCAUUGAGCCAUGGCUGAGAACCAUUUCUCAUGUCCGGAACCUGAUGACCGCACCUACCAAAGCCCACUAAUCUCCCCAUGCUCGUCUCCAGGAAACAUCCUCUCGAGCCCGUGGUUCCAAACCGUCGAGCCCACCGACCAUGGCACUGAGUCCUGCUGCUACCGCUGCUUGGCCUCUGCGCAAAAACCGUCGGGGGAAAUUCUCUCCCUAGCUGUGACUGAAAAUGGCCUAAUUUACGCAGGCUCGAAUUCUAAAUCCAUAACAGUUUGGAAACUACCCGAAUUCGUCGAACACACGCGACUCAAAUCUGGAAGUGGUUUUGUAACCUCAAUUAUUGUUUCAUCAGAUGACAAGUUGGUUUUCUCUGCUCAUUCUGAUCACAAGAUUAGGACAUGGAGCAUUGAUGGCUCUGGUAUUUUGCACUUCAGAACAGGGACUUUGCCCUGUUUCCGAGACCGGAUUCUCGAUGCCUGCCGGAACUACCCCAAGUCCUUGUUUUCAAGGGAGAAUAAAAGUACUGUGAAGCAUUUGGGUACUAUAACUUGUUUGGCUUACAAUUCAGCAAUUAAAGUGCUUUAUUCGAGCUCAAAGGAUGGGACUGUCAAGGUUUGGAGUCUGAGAGAGAUGAAAUGCGUGGAGACGAUACGAGCGCACCGAGAUGCCGUGAAUGCUUUGGUGGUUGGAGCCGAUGGGUUGCUGUUUACCGGGUCGGAUGAUACGGCUGUUAAGGUUUGGAGGAAGAGUCUGAGCGCCGGGUGUACACAUAGCCUGGUUCUCAAUUUGCAGGUGAAGAACUCCCCAGUGAAGGCCAUGGUCUUAGGUUGCGAGGGCGACGAUCGCUACUUGGUUUAUGCCGGUUGCUCAGAUGGCUAUGUUCAUUAUUGGAGAAAGGGGCAGCUAUCAGGGCACAUGAGUUACACUGGUUUCUUAAGAGGCCACACUCAUGCUAUUAUGUGCAUGGCUUCUUCGGAUAAAAUUGUGGUUAGUGGGGCUGCCGAUUCAAGUGUGUGCGUAUGGUUGAGGGGUGGAGGCCACCGGUGCUUAGCAGUGAUUAACGGGCAUGUCGGCCCGAUUAGAGGGGUGGGGUUAAGGGUGGACGAUGAUGAUGAUGGCUUUGUUGUUUAUAGUGGGAGUAUGGAUGGGGCGGUGAAGGUGUGGUGGGUUUGGAGCAAGGGGAGGGGUUCGAGGUGUUGUAGUGAGGAGGUUAGGGAGGGUGAGGAUGAAUACAAGUGGGAUGAGUACUUUGAUUUGCCUCCGAAAUGAGGGUUGAGGAAGAUGGAGCUCUCCCUCUCUCUCCAAAGUAGACUUACGUGGUCGGCCCGCUCUCUAUUUCUUAUACUAUCAAAAUAAUGAUCUUGCUUUUUCAAAAUAUGAUAAAGCAGGUUUUGUUUCAUUAAAAGUGCUAUUAAAUUUAGUGGAGAAUACAAUCCUCGACUUGUUUUUAAAUAAUUAGGUUUUCGAAGUUAUUAGUGGGAUUGGAGAGCACGAUGUGCGACUAAGGUUAACUCAAAACGUAUAUUGGUGUCAUGCCUUGUACACUACUUUAGAUGGCAUUGCAUGUGGUAAAGAAUUUUUUAUUUUU